AUGAUCUUGCCCCAAGACUUUCCCAUCGAAGCACAGAAGAGUCUUUAUUCUUCUCGGGACAUAAAUAUUUGGCAGGUAGGCACUUUCCUGUCCAUGACCAGCCCGGCGAAGAUUAUCCUUGUGCCAGGCAAGAGUGCAUCGGAAUCUGUCAUAUUUGGCGCAUACUUUCCCAAAGGCACUUCACUGAGCGGUGUUGCCAAGUCAAACGCCAUUUUCCAGCUUGCGCCAGUUCCCAGAGUCUUCUAUAACUCUGAGGAGAUGUCGCAGAUCAACACGGAUUUCUCUACAACAGACAGUCGGUUGGAAUUCUCGGUGAAGGAUGAUGUCGUGGGCGUAAUUACUCUGGCAUUGCAGUCGGACUCGACAGGCCUCUUUACAGCACAUGAAAAAGGCGACAUCAGUCUGACAUUCGACGUUGACGCUGUGGAAGUUUUCAGCUAUGAGGGGGAGUUUGUCCGUGUUGAUACUUUUAAAUAG